AAAAUGAAACAACUAAACGACGUAUAUUAAUAUCGUUUGCACCAACCGUAGCCUUACAAAUGAAACAACUAAACGACGUAUAUUAAUAUCGUUUGCACCAACCGUAGCCUUACAAAUGAAACAACUAAACGACGUAUAUUAAUAUCGUUUGCACCAACCGUAGCCUUACAAAUGAAACAACUAAACGACGUAUAUUAAUAUCGUUUGCACCAACUCCUUCACCACCAUUUCUAUUAGCCACAAUAGCUUAUUAGCCGCUAGCAGCACAAUAGCUUAGCACCAUAAGUCAAUGAUUGAAAUUUACCCUGUACCUUCCUGUCCCAUAGAGAGUGACAGAGCCAGUCUGCAAACUGCACUUGGAUAGGUAAGGCAUAAAAUGUCUUUGUUGGAUGCAUAGACAGUAGCUAUAUAAGAAUGUUGUGUGUAUUUUUUUUUACCGCCAUAUUGUUGUGAGGGACUGUGACGCUUAUACAGUCUUUGUUUUCUAAUGGUUUUACAUUUCAAGAUAUCUUCUUUUUUGUUUUUAGCCAUGAACAGUAUGGCUGCUCCUAUUAAAUGGUGCCAUAUUUGCCAGACACCUGGCAACGUGCAGCAGUUGGAGGAGCUUGAGAAACUCUUACCAUCUGGAUACACACAUCUGCUGUGUGUGAAGGAGGAUGAGUUUCGAGCCCAUUUAAAAGUGCAGCUCUCCACUAAAGAGGAGGUGGAGAAAUGGCUUGAGGAAUUUCAAAAUUCCUCCACUUUAACAUGGAGGAAUGCCAGAACGUAUCCGGCGUCAGGGCGAUACAAUGUGUAUAGAGUUGAUCUCAGAUGCCAGCAUAAAACCUACGCAUCUGGCAAAUACUCAAGAAACACCAACUGCCCUGCCACACUGUUUCUUGUCCUCAAAAGAAGUAUGGAGAAUAGGAGGUCAAGAUCGUCAGAUCGACACAUGGCAGAGGGUUACCUCCUAUAUGUCAACUUGAGGAAUGAGCACAACCAUCGCCUUGCUUGCGCCGAUGCCCUGAGGAAAAGGGAUGUGUCGGCCGUCACCAUUGAAAGGCUGACUGAGCUCUUUGAGAAAGGUCAUUCUCCCUCAUCUGCUCUCGAUACCAUCAAAUAUGACCUGCAGGAGGAAGAGGGAGACGAGUACCACUAUGCAGCAGCAGACCGCGCCAUCUGCCCAGACGUCCAGUUCUGCUACAGCGCAUCAACUGGUGGUUGGUACCACGUCAAUACAGGACUGAGCUGCUGCACCUGCCCUGUUGGCCAAACUGGCGCACCUUGCAAGCACCAGAGUGCAGUGGUACAAACAUUUGGUGUGAGUGAGACACUCCCACUAACAAGCAUACCUCAUCUCAGGAAGCUCUUCUAUGAAAUUGCUUCAGGAGGGACCACUCCAGAUGACUGGUUUGAAAGCUUGAUUUAUGAACAGCCUGUGGAGCCAAAGUCAGUGUUGCAAGAGUGCAUGGAUGGAGAAUUUCUUGCUCCAGCAUCGAAGAUCAUCUCAGAUGACCACCAGUCCAGUGAAGAGGAGGUUGUCAACACAUCAGCUGGGCCCAGCCCAGGGACUUUGGAGAGGGAGCUGGAUGGCAUUUUGGGGAUCCUCAAAAAAACGGACAGUGCUGUCCAGUCAUCUUUGUUCUCCUAUGGAAAGACCAGCUAUGUGCCUACUAGGAUCCGUGCCACACCAAGGGGAUUUCUGCAAACGACCACUAAGAUUGGUGUGCAACCAACGGCGGUGUCACGCCGAAAGGCAGCUUUGGGGGGAAGAAGAGCUCUGGGAGCUGGCAGACCUCCAAAGAGCUCCAGGAAAGACCACCCUUACACAAAGUGCAGAAGAGCAAAAGCUGUGCCACACAGCCUGUCUCAUUGUGUGCAGGAGAACACCUCCCUGGGGAAAACCCACUAGGUGCACACACACACCCUACCUAAAGUCCAUAACAGUUCUCUUAAUCAGUUAUUGAUAAAUUCCAGCUCAAUCUGUUUGUUUUGUUU